ACGGUCACUCCACUUCCGCCGUAGUAACGCUCAGGGCGGACAUCAGAGCAGCCUGUAGAGACAGACCUGUCCUGUCCUGGCCAACAUUCCAAGCCGAAUUGACCUCAGCCUCUGUCAAGCACUCCGUCAGGAGAUGGAGGUGGCAGAAACAUCUAAUCCAUCUUUCAGACGUGUGCUGGUCUUCUGCUUCUUGCUGGUUCUGCUGUUUCGAUGCUCCAAUCAGACUAUCGAGGAUUCGAGGUUUACGAUCAAAUGUCAGCAAGUUUACGUGAGAAACAAACUGUCAAGUCUUUCAUGUCAAGCGGAUAAGAGCCUAUUUGAGCAGAAGUGCGAAAAUGGAUCCAGCGAACUUAAUUUCAUGAUAAAACCCAGUAAAUUUAAGUUGUUACACUUUUGUAAACAAGAUGUUUUAUUAAAUCCAAGCAAAUGCUCAUCAGAGCCUGCAAAUGGACUCGUUACCUGUGAGCUAAAGGAUAACGAAUGGAUCUACACCUGCUAUUUUACUGCAACUGACCAGUACCUAAAUAUUACACCGUGGUGUGUGUUCACUUGCAAGAGUUCCAAAUUCGAGCAUACGGCCAUCAAAACCCAAAACUGUCCGCCUUUCAUACUUGUGAAUGAAACGUUAACAACCGCACCACCACCACCAGCAGCUAAACCACUCCCACCAAAGGAAGAAUUUCCCCUAUGGGCAGCAAUUCUCAUUGCACUUGGCAUUGCCGGUUUGAUUGCAUUGGUGGCGUUCCUAGUGUGGAGAAAACGUCGGCAGGCCCAAGGUCCCGUACAAGCUCCAGAAGGAGGAGCGGCUCAAGGAGAAGGUGAAGGAGAAGGUGAAGGAGAAGGUGAAGGAGAAAGUGAAGGAGAGGAUGAAGGAGAAGGAGAGGAAGCUGAAGGGGCAAGUGCCGAAGAGUCACAACAACCAGAAGAAGCAGCAGAAGGUGGAGGAGAAGCACCAGCGGAGGAGUAA